UUGAAUGAAGGUAGAGGACAUGGAGUGUGGUGUCCUGAUACUAAAUCUGACUGAACAGACUUUCUUCAAGUUGAUAUGGGCACAGAGCACCUUGUUUGUGCCGUGGCGACACAAGGACAUGGAGGAGAUACUCGAGUCACCAGUUACAAAGUACGCCUCUCUGCGGACGCAAUAACUUGGAUCACUUACAAGGAAAUAAACAUUGAAAAGGUGUUUGUAGGAAAUUCCGAUGGAAGGAGUGUUGUGAAAAAUUCAUUGGGUACUGACUUCAAAGCCAGAUAUGUUCGGUUUUAUCCUGUCACAUUUAACCACUGGCCAUGCACGAGUGUUGAAAUAUACACCAGUUGAUGACUUGUGGAAGGAACCACAUCAGUGAAAGUGGAAUUUAAAUUCCUGAAGCAGGACAAAAAUAGCCAAACAAUGCAAUAAGUGAAUGGCUUAUGCAAAUAAUAUCAAUAGAUUCAGUGGAAUGGAGACUCCUGAAGCGUGGAUGCCUGAAACCAAAAAGCAAAGCAGUCAGCCAAUAAGUAAUCAGUUAUGUAGGAAAACAGUAUCAACUCGUCCAAACAAUAAUGUACCAACAAAAGCGGGCUAAAACACGCCAACAGCAGCUCAGUAUGCUACAUUAAUAGCAAUG